AUGGCACCGCUACGGUUGCUAGUGAUCCUGUUUGGAGUCGGUGGUUGGGAAUCGCUCCUGGCGACGGCAAGCCGGACUGCGAACGACCUACACGACGUUACCGAUGACCGGGAUUCGCUUCGGCGGGUACACCGGCACCCGAAGGACAUUCAUGGCCGUAGCUCGACCACCACGGCGCCAAUGGGUUCCUUCGAGACGUACUACUUCGAGCACGCCCAAACGGAACUCGCCGCACGCCAGUUCGUAGCCACCUUGAACCACUCCGAGUUGCAUCGGAACCCGAGCUGGUGCAAGCAGUGCAACGCCACCGUAAUGCACUAUUGCAGGACGCAGCACUUCAUCAACGAUCACUGCUGCUGCGAGUACUCGCACACCAAAGAGCAACUGCCAUGGAUACCACACACCUGCCUGCUGAAGCUGUACGAUCCGUGUACGGCCAAUGCCGGCUCCUGCAGCAAGUAUCGAGCGAUCAAAGAGUGCUGCUGCGAUCGGGCCACGAAGCUGGCAUAUAAAGUCAAAUUUUCGACAGCCUCCAGCGUGUGGGUGGCCCAGGUCUGGCAGCUGGUACUGGCGGUUGGCAUCGUUUGUGUCCUUGCCUCGGUGCGAUCGUGUCCUGGGCGAAGCUAACCACAAGCAAACGCACGCACCGUGAUCGUACUUAAGUGGCCUUACUCAAGGCGGUUCAUGCCUUAUUAACCCCCACCAAGAGGACCGUUUCGGGGUGCUUUUGGUCCUUUGCGACGGAAGGAUCGACGAGGACACCGCUCAGCAUUCAGUGUAACGUCUGCAUUCCCUGUGUGAUCGCUUCUAACGGUGCCGUGACGCGU